UCUUUGUUGCUUUGACGCAUCGUGGGACGCUUUAUUUUAUUCGUCCUUUGCAAAUUAUUUUUAAUACUUAUUGACUCGUUGGUGUCUUUUCUCAUAAUAUUGUACCGAUAAUGUCGGGCAUAGCCAGUGCACGGUUAGCUGAGGAAAGAAAAGCUUGGCGCAAGGACCAUCCCUUUGGGUUUGUGGCAAGGCCUAUGAAAAAUCCCGAUGGGUCUUUAAAUCUCAUGACUUGGGAAUGUGCGAUCCCCGGAAAAAAAGGGACACCCUGGGAAGGAGGUUUAUACAAAUUAAGGAUGAUCUUCAAAGAUGAUUAUCCUUCCACUCCUCCAAAGUGCAAAUUUGAACCUCCUCUGUUUCACCCAAAUGUGUACCCCUCAGGCACAGUGUGUCUUUCAUUACUUGAUGAAGAAAAAGAUUGGCGUCCUGCUAUUACAAUUAAACAAAUAUUGCUUGGUAUUCAAGAUCUGUUAAAUGAACCUAAUGUAAAAGAUCCUGCACAAGCUGAAGCAUAUACAAUUUAUUGUCAAAAUCGGCUAGAAUACGACAAACGUGUGCGAGCGCAGGCGCGUGCUAUGGCUGCCACGGAAUAAAUGAAGUAUUUUUGUAAACUUAGGCACUACGGUUACUAGAA